CGGCGCGCAAUAGGCGCUGCGGCGGGAGGAGCGAGCGCACACCCGCUCCCUCGUCCUCGCAGCGCCCCCAGGGCAACCUCCGCUCUCCACAAACCCGGCGCCCGCUCCGCCGCCGGCCUAUCGGCCCGCGCCCUCGCCUUGCCGGUCUAGCCCUCACCGCCGUCUCCACUCCUCCCGCUCCGCCGACGUCACGCCGGGCGCCAACGCGCAGCUGCGAGCGCGGGGCGCGCGUCCCUUCCGGCUCGCCGUAGCAGGCGCGCCGCCGCUUCCUCCGGCCGGGCCCCGGAUGUGUCGAGCGGAACGGUGCCUCUGGGCCCGGUCCCCAGCCCCAGCCCGACGUGGAGGAGCGCGGCCCAGACCCGGGGAUGUCAGCUACAGGAACUCACACAGCGUGGAGCCUUUUGAGUCUGGCUUCUUCCACUGAGCGUAAUGCCUUUGAGAUUCAUCCAGGUUGCUGCGUGUACCAAGAAUGUCCCUUUUUGUGGAGUAGUAGGUCCACAGUGUGGAUGGACCGCGGUUAUCCAUUCACUCGUUGAAGGACAUUUGGAUUCUUGCCAGCCUUUUAAUACAAAAUGUCUUGUCGUGUCAGUGGCCUGCAGUCCGUGGUCCUUGCGUCUGGCUGUGCUCCUUGGCGUCCUCGUGGUGUGGGUGUGUCUGUAGCUCGGCCUUUACGUUGCUGAGGCAGCCGCGUUGUGUGGCUCUUCCAGGUGUUUUAUUCCUUCGCCAGGUGAAGCAGAGCAUUAAGUUGGAUAAAAAAGGAGGGCGAUCAUGCACCAUGGCAGCGGCCCUCAGAACGUCCAGCACCAGCUGCAGAGGUCCAGGGCCUUCGCUGGCAGCGAAGGAGAAGAGCAGCAGGCCCGUCCCAACCCCCCGCAGUCCCCCGCCACGCCCUUUGCGCCGGCGGCGAGCCCGUCCGCGCCCCAGUCCCCCGGUUACCAAGUUCAGCAGCUGAUGAACCGCAGCCCCGUGGCCGGGCAGAGCGUGAACAUCGCCCUUCAGAAUGUGGGGCCGGUGGUGGGAGGGAACCCCCAGAUCACGCUGGCCCCCCUGCCGCUGCCCAGCCCCACUUCUCCGGGAUUCCAGUUCAGUGCACAGCAGAGGCGGUUUGAGCAUGGGUCUCCAUCGUACAUCCAGGUCACCUCGCCGCUGUCCCAGCAGGUGCAGACUCAGAGCCCCACCCAGCCCAGCCCCGGGCCGGGACCGGGCCUGCAGAGCGUGCGGGCGGGAGCCCCUGGCCCUGGCCUGGGCCUAUGCAGCAGCAGUCCCACCGGGGGCUUCGUGGACGCCAGUGUGCUGGUGAGACAGAUCAGCCUGAGCCCGUCCAGUGGCGGCCACUUCGUGUUCCAGGAGGGCUCGGGCCUGGCGCAGAUGGCCCCGGGCGCCCAGGUUCAGCUGCAGCACACGGGGGCGCCCAUCACGGUCAGAGAACGGAGACUCUCGCAGCCCCACGCGCAGUCGGGGGGCACCGUCCACCACCUGGGACCUCAGAGCCCCGCGGCCGCAGGCGGGGCCGGCCUGCAGCCCCUGGCCAGCCCUGGCCACAUCACCACGACGAGCCUGCCGCCCCAGAUCAGCAGCAUCAUCCAGGGGCAGCUGAUCCAGCAGCAGCAGGUGCUGCAGGGGCCUCCGCUGACCAGGCCUCUGCUCCCUGGGGUCGGGGGGACUUCGGCGUUUGGGAUGACGUCCCCACCGCCCCCCACCAGCCCUUCCAGGACCGCAGCGCCCCCGGGCCUCUCCAGCCUUCCUGUCCCGUCUGCGGGGAGCGCGGGGAUAAGAAAGGCUCCCAGGAAAUUGGAAGAGAUCCCCGCGGCCUCCCAGGAGCUGGCUCAGAUGCGGAAGCAGUGCCUGGACUACCACUUCAGGGAGAUGGAGGCUCUGAAGGCGGCCUUCAAGGAGUACUUGGUCGAGCUGUUCUUCUUGCAGCACCUUCAGGGAAACAUGAUGGAUUUCCUAGCUUUCAAGAAGAAGCAUUAUGCCCCGUUACAAGCUUACCUUAGGCAGAAUGAUUUGGACCUGGAGGAGGAGGACGAGGACGAGGACGAGGAGAAGUCUGAGGUCAUCAACGACGAGGUAAAGGUUGUGACAGGAAAGGAUGGGCAGACUGGUACUCCUGUUGCUAUAGCAACCCAGCUUCCUCCAAAUGUUUCUGCUGCUUUUUCAUCCCAGCAGCAACCAUUUCAGCAACAAGCCCUUGCAGGGACCCUUGUGGCAGGGGCUGGCAGUGUGAUCGAAACGGACCCCUUUAAGAGGCAGCAGGCGGGACCUCCGGCAGAGCAGUCUAAGAGACCUCGACUCGAAGUGGGUCACCAAGGGGUAGUUUUCCAGCACCCAGGGGUGAAUACAGGAGUUCCUCUCCAGCAGUUAAUGCCGACAGUUCAAGGGGGAAUGCCACCCGCGCCGCAGGCUGCUCAGCUCGCCGGCCAGAAGCAGAGCCAGCAGCGGUACGACCCCUCCACGGGGCCCCCGGUGCAGAACGCCGCCAGCCUGCACACGCCGCCGCCGCAGCUGCCCGCCAGGCUGCCCCCGGCCGGCCUCCCCGCCGCGCCCCUGCCGCCAGCGCUGCAGUUCCCCCCGCAGCCGCAGACGGCGGAGCCGCAGACCCCGCUCCCGGUGCCGGUGAAGACGCAGCCGCCAAACGCCCCCGCCCCGGCGCCCCCGCCUGGACAGCUCCCCGCGGCCCUCCAUGUCCCGGUGCCUGCGAAGGCGCAGAUGCAGGCCCCUCCGCUCCCGUCCCAGCCGCAGACGGCGGCGCCACCCAGACCGCCCAUGGACCCCGCCCAGCCCUGCCCGCGGCCGCUGCCCUCCGCCUCCUCUGCCUCGACCGUUGUCCCCGCCAGUGGCUCAGGCCCGGGACCUUCGCCUGCCCGGGCCUCCCCGGUGAACAGACCCUCCCCGGCAGCCAAGUCGCUGUCUCCGGUCAUCGCCCGCUCCCCAGGGGCAGCCGUGUCAGCGCCCCCGAAACCACAGAGCCCCGCUCAGAAUGCCGCCGCGCCCCACGACGGUUCUCAGGACAAGCUGGCAGAACAGAUAGCGCUGGAGAACCAGAUCCAUCAGCGGAUAGCAGAUUUAAGGAAAGAAGGCCUGUGGUCCCUCAGACGGCUGCCCAAGCUGCAGGAGGCCCCGCGCUCCAAAUCGCACUGGGACUACCUGCUGGAGGAGAUGCAGUGGAUGGCCACAGACUUCGCCCAGGAGAGGAGGUGGAAGGUGGCCGCUGCCAAGAAGCUUGUCAGAACUGUAGUGCGUCAUCACGAAGAGAAGCAGCUUCGGGAGGAGCGGGGAAGGAGAGAAGAACAGAACCGAUUGAGACGAAUAGCUGCGUCAACUGCUAGAGAAAUAGAAUAUUUUUGGUCAAAUAUUGAACAGGUUGUGGAAAUAAAACUACAAGUAGAAUUAGAAGAAAAAAGGAAAAAGGCUUUAAAUUUCCAGAAAGUCUCCCGGAAAGGUAAAGAGUCGAGACCUACAGGGCUUGAUGCGUUACGGGAAAGCUUUGUGGAUUCGGGGAUACCUGGAAGAAAAAGAAAAGCAAGCACAUCUUUAACCGAUGAUGAAGUGGAAGACGAGGAGGAGACGAUUGCAGAGGAAGAGGCGCUGGAGGGGGCUGCGGACCACCAGGCGGAGCUGUUGGAGUUAGCCAGAGAAGCUGAAUUGCCCUUAAUUGAUUUGAUGAAGUUGUAUGAAGGUGCCUUUCUGCCGAAUUUCCAGUGGCCCCAACCUAAACCUGACAGUGAAGAGACAAGUGAAGACGAAGACAUGGAAGACUGCUCGGGUGACCGGGAGAGCCGGAAGGGUGUGGUUCUCAUCGACUCGCUGUUCAUCAUGGACCAGUUUAAAGCCACAGAGAGAGUGGUUGUCGGGAAGCCUCACACAAAGGACAUCGCGGAAGUGACCGCUGUGGCCGAAGCCAUCCUGCCCAAGGGCAGUGCUCGGAUCAGCACCGCGGUGAAGUUGAACGCUCCGGCUCUUCUGUACGGCGCCCUCAGAGAUUACCAGAAGAUUGGCCUGGACUGGCUGGCCAAGCUCUACCGGAAGAACCUCAAUGGCGUAUUGGCAGAUGAAGCUGGGCUUGGUAAAACAGUGCAGAUCAUUGCUUUUUUUGCCCACCUAGCCUGUAAUGAAGGCAACUGGGGCCCUCAUCUUGUCGUUGUGAGGGGCUGUAACAUCCUCAAGUGGGAGCUCGAACUGAAGCGCUGGUGUCCGGGGCUCAAAACGCUCUUGUAUGUUGGCAGCCAUAGAGAACUCAAGGCAAAGAGACAGGGGUGGACAGAGCCCAACCGCAUCAACGUCUGCAUCACGUCCUACAAGCAGUUCUUCAAGGGCUACGCGUCCUUCACACGGGUGCGCUGGAAGUGCCUGGUCAUCGACGAGAUGCAGCGUGUGAAGGGCAUGACCGAGAGGCACUGGGAGGCCGUGUUCACCCUGCAGAGCCAGCAGCGACUGCUGCUCAUCGACGCCCCGCUGCACAACACCUUCCUGGAGCUGUGGACCAUGGUGCACUUCCUCAUCCCGGGCAUCUCCAGGCCGUACCUGCACUUGCCCCUGAAAGCCCCCAGCGAGGAGAAUCAGGACUACUACCACAAAGUGGUCAUCCGGCUGCACCGGGUGACACAGCCCUUUAUUUUGCGGAGAACUAAGAGAGAUGUGGAGAAGCAGCUAACGAAGAAAUACGAGCACGUCCUGAAGUGCCGCCUCUCCAAUCGACAGAAGGCCUUGUACGAGGACGUCAUCCUGCAGCCGGGGACGCAGGAAGCUCUGAAGAGCGGGCGCUUUGUGGACGUGCUGAGCAUCCUCCUGCGGCUGCAGCGGAUCUGCAACCACCCCGGGCUGGUGGCGCCCCGGCUCCCGGAGUCCUCCUACACGGCGGGGCCGCUGCAGUGCCGCUCGGCCUCGCUCAUCCUGAAGGCGCUUGACCGAGACUUCUGGAAGGAAACCGACCUUUCUAUAUUUGAUCUUAUUGGCUUAGAAAAUAAAAUGACUCGCCACGAGUCAGAACUGCUGGGUAAGAAGAAGGUGACGCGGAAACUCUUUGAGGAGCUGUUCACCGCGCCGCCACCAUCGGGCAGGCCAGCGGCCGUCAGACUGAAGCCCAGCAGGUUGUUUCAGCCCGUGCAAUACGGCCAGAAGCCCGAGGGCCGCACCGUGGCUUUCCCCAGCACACACCCGCCCCGGACGGCCACGCCCACAGCCACUGCCACGCCGCAGGGCCACGUUCGAGGACGGCCGCCCAUCGCCACGUUCUCUGCAAAUCCGGAUGCAAAAGCGCCAGCAACCCCGUUUCAGACCUCUCAGGCCUCCACCGGUGCUCCGAGACACCAGCCCGCCUCGACCUUCAGCACAGCACCUAGCCCAGCCCAUCCUGUGAAACUGCGGGCUCAAACCACUGCCCCGGCCUCCACCCCGGGCCCGCCCCAGCCCCAGCCCCAGGCCCCCUCGCACCCGGCCGGGCAGAGCGCGCUGCCUCAGGGGCUGGUGCUCACCUCGCAGGCCCAGGCGCGCCUGCCUAGUGGGGAGGUGGUCAAAAUAGCCCAGCUGGCUUCCCUCGCGGGCCCGCCGAGCCGAGUCGCCCAGCCGGAGAGCCCCGUGACGCUUCAGUUCCAGGGCAACAAGUUCACCUUGUCGCAUAGCCAGCUGCGGCAGCUGACAGCCGGCCAGCCCCUGCAGCUCCAAGGCAGCGUCCUCCAGAUUGUGUCCGCGCCCGGGCAGUCCUACCUGCGACCUCCAGGCCCCGUGGUGAUGCAGACAGUGUCUCAGGCGGGGGCCCUGAAUGCCCUGGGAAGCAAGCCCCCAGCCGGCGGCCCAAGCCCCGCACCCAUGACCCCUCCAGUGGGUGUGCCCAGCCGACUGGCAGUCAGUCCCCUGGCCGCAGGAGAACCUGGAGUGGCCUCCAAGCCAGCCUCUCCCGUCGCCGGGCCGACGCAGGAGGAAAAGACCAGACUUUUGAAAGAGCGGCUGGACCAGAUUUAUUUUGUCAACGAACGGCGCUGCUGUCGCACCCCUGUCUACGGCAGAGACCUGUUGGGGGUUUGUUCCCUGCCUGGCAGAGGGCAGUUGCCUUGGCUCGGGGCUCCUGAUGGAGGUCAUGGGAAGGGGGCUGGGCCCACGAGCCGGUACACGUCACCCUCGACAACUCACAGGGACCUGAUUUUGACCCUGACUCAACGUCAGGAAUCCCUCCAGGACGUCAUGGACAGGGUGGUGUGUGUGAUCCCGCCGGUGGUGGCCGCGCCCCCGUGCUUGUGGGUGGCGAGGCCGCCCUCCCGCUACAGCCACAAGAUGAGGCUCUUCAGACACUACCUGCGGGAGCACACGGCGCCCUUCGCCCAGCAGCUGCAGCGGGUGACAGCUCUGCGCUCCCUGCGGUUUCCCGAGCUGAGACUGGUCCAGUUUGACUCAGGAAAGCUGGAAGCGUUGGCUAUCUUACUUCAGAAGUUGAAAUCUGAAGGACGUCGCGUGCUGAUUUUAUCGCAGAUGGUUCUCAUGUUAGACAUUUUAGAAAUGUUCUUGAACUUCCAUUAUCUCACCUAUAUAAGAAUUGACGAAAACGCCAACAGUGAACAACGGCAGGACCUGAUGAGGAGUUUCAACCGGGACCGGCGGGUCUUCUGUGCCCUCCUUUCCACACACAGCCGCGCCACGGGCGUGAGCCUGGUGGAGGCGGACGCGGUGGUGUUCUACGACCACGACCUCAACCCGGUGAUGGACGCCAAGGCCCAGGAGUGGUGCGACCGGAUCGGGCGGCGCAAGGACGUGCACAUAUACAGGCUCGUGAGUGGCAAUUCCAUUGAGGAGAAAUUGUUGAAAAAUGGAACCAAAGAUUUGAUCCGAGAAGUGGCUGCUCAGGGAAACGACUACUCCAUGGCGUUCCUCACGCAGCGGACGAUCCAGGAGCUGUUUGAGGUUUAUCCACCCGUGGAUGACACUGGCUUCCCAGUGAAAGCCGAGGAGUUUGUCGUCCUUUCUCAGGAACCUUCUGUCACAGAAACCAUCGCACCCAAAAUUGCCAGGCCUUUCAUAGAGGCCCUCAAGAGCAUCGAGUGUCUGGAGGAGGACGCACACGAGUCAGCAGAGGAGUUGGCGCCCGGGUCUCGGUGCCCCGACGGUUCCCGGUGGGGCGAGGAGCCCUCGCCACUGGAGGAGUUAGCGGACUUCAUGGGACAGCUCACACCAAUUGAAAAGUAUGCUUUGAAUUACCUGGAAUUAUUCCAUACUUCCACUGAUCAAGAAAAGGAGAGAAAUAGCGAGGGCGCCGUGCUGGCCGCCGUGGGCGAGUGGGAGGCCCGGCACGCGCGGGCACUGCGGGAGCGCGAGGCCCGGGCACGGCGCGAGCCCGAGCAGCAGCUGCUCACCUACACCCGGGAGGACGCCUGCCGCGCGGAGUUCGUGUAUGAGGGCGCCGACGGGCAGACGGAGGUCAUGCCGCUUUGGACGCCACCCACGCCCCCCCAGGACGACAACGACAUCUACAUCGACUCAGUCAUGUGUCUCAUGUACGAAACCACUCCCAUCCCGGAGUCCAAGCUGCCGCCCGUGUACGUGAGGAAGGAGCGCCGGAGACACAAGACGGACCCGUCAGCCGCAGGCAGGAAGAAGAAGCAGCGUCACGGGGAGGCCGUGGUGCCCCCGCGGUCGCUGUUCGACCGCGCGACGCCCGGCAUGUUGAAGAUCCGCCGAGAGGGGAAGGAGCAGAAGAAGAACAUCCUGUUGAAGCAGCAGACGCAGUUCGCCAAGCCUCUGCCCACCUUUGCCAAACCAGCCGCCGAGUCUGGCCCCGACAACCCGGAGUGGCUCAUCAGCGAGGACUGGGCGCUGCUGCAGGCCGUGAAGCAGCUGCUCGAGCUGCCGCUCAACCUCACAGUCGUGUCCCCGGCCCACACGCCCAACUGGGACCUCGUCAGCGACGUCGUGAACUCCUGCAGCCGCAUCUACCGCUCCUCCAAGCAGUGCCGGAACCGCUACGAGAACGUGCUCAUCCCAAGGGAGGAGGGGAAGAGUAAGAACAACCGUCCUCUGCGCACGGGCCAGAUGUACGCUCAGGACGAGAACGCCACGCACACCCAGCUGUACACGAGCCACUUUGACCUGAUGAAGAUGACUGCGGGCAAGAGGAGCCCCCCCAUCAAGCCUCUGCUUGGCAUGAAUCCCUUUCAGAAAAACCCCAAGCACGCUUCCGUGUUGGCAGAAAGUGGAAUCAACUACGACAAACCCCUGCCUCCUAUUCAGGUCGCAUCCCUCCGGGCGGAGCGCAUCGCCAAGGAAAAAAAGGCGCUGGCCGACCAGCAGAAGGCGCAGCAGCCGCCUGUGGCACAGCCGCCGCCACCACCGCCGCCGCCGCAGCCGCAGCCACCGCCACCGCAGCAGCCGCCCCCACCGCUGCCCCAGCCCCCGUCCGCCGGCAGCCAGCAGCCUGCGGGGCCGCCUGCCGUCCAGCCCCAGGCCCAGGCGCAGCCCCCGGCACAGCCCACGCCGCCCCCACCGAAGGCGCCCCCUGCGAUCACGACGGUGGGCAGCGCUGCAGUGCUGCAGGCAGGAGCCAUCAAGACAUCCGUCACAGGGACAAGCAUGCCCGCGGGCACAGUGAGCGGAAAUGUGAUCGUGAACACCAUCGCCGGCGUCCCCGCUGCCACCUUCCAGUCCAUUAACAAGCGCCUCGCUUCACCCGUGGCACCUGGAGCCUUGACUACCUCGGGAGGCUCUGCUCCUGCCCAGGUGGUCCACACCCAGCCUCGAGCAGUUGGGUCCCCCGCCACGGCCACGUCCGACAUGGUGUCCCUGGCACCGACUCAGGGUGUUCGAGCGGUCACCUCAGUGACGGCCUCGGCUGUGGUCACUACCAGCCUGACCCCGGUGCAGACCCCGACCCGGUCUUUGGUGACUCAAGUGUCCCAAGCCACAGGGGUCCAGCUUCCGGGGAAAACCAUCACUCCCGCGCACUUCCAGCUCCUGCGGCAGCAGCAACAGCAGCAGCAGGCCUCGCAGGUGCAGGUCCCGCAGAUCCAGGGCCAGGCCCAGGCGCCGGCGCAGAUCAAGGCGGUGGGCAAGUUGACUCCGGAACACCUGAUCAAAAUGCAGAAGCAGAAACUGCAGCUGCCCCAGCAGGCGCCCCCAGCACAGGCCCCGCCGGGGCCCCCGCAGCCAACGGCACAAGUGCAGGUGCAGCCCCCGCAGCCCACGCAGCAGCAGAGCCCCCAGCUCACCACGGUCACGGCCCCGAGGCCCGGCGCCCUGCUCACGGGCACCACCGUGGCCAACCUCCAGGUGGCCCGGCUCACCCGGGUCCCCACUUCACAGCUGCAGGCUCAAGGGCAGAUGCAGGCCCCGGCGCCCCAGCCGGCCCAGGUGGCACUGGCGAAGCCCCCGGUGGUGUCGGUGCCCGCAGCCGUGGUCUCCUCGCCGGGCGUCACGACGCUGCCCAUGAACGUUGCUGGAAUCAGUGUGGCCAUCGGGCAGCCGCAGAAAGCCGCAGGGCAGACUGUCGUGGCCCAGCCUGUGCACGUCCAGCAGCUGCUGAAGCUGAAGCAGCAGGCCGUCCAGCAGCAGAAGGCCAUCCAGCCGCAAGCCGCCCCAGGCCCGGCCGCCGUCCAGCAGAAGAUCACAGCGCAGCAGAUUGCCGCUCAGGGCCAGCCACAGAAGGUCACCUACGCCACCCAGCCAGCCCUUAAAACCCAGUUUCUCACCACGCCCAUCUCCCAGGCCCAGAAACUGGCUGGGACCCAGCAGGUGCAGACCCAGAUCCAGGUUGCGAAACUCCCUCAAGUCGUCCAGCAGCAGACACCCGUGGCCAGCAUCCAGCAGGUUGCCUCUGCUUCCCAACAGGCUUCCCCACAGACUGUGACCCUCACCCAGGCGACAGCGGCCGGGCAGCAGGUCCAGGUGAUCCCCGCAGUGACAGCGACAGCACAGGUAGUCCAGCAGAAGCUCAUGCAGCAGCAAGUCGUGACCACGGCGGCGGCCCAGCUGCAGACCCCCGGUGUUCCCAACCCAGCCCAGGUGCCGGCCAGCUCCGACAGCCCGAACCAGCAGCCCAAGCUCCAGAUGAGAGUCCCCGCCGUCAGGUUAAAGACGCCCACCAAGCCUCCGUGCCCCUAGUCGGGAGCGCGGCGCGGCCCCAGGCGGGCCGCCCGUGCCUGCCACCGCCCCGCCCAGAUGGGGUGGACUUAUUUACUGAGCCCCAGGACAGUGCCCUGCAGGGCGUCCAGUGCCUGGAGCGGCGACCCUCAGCGAGCGCCCCCGUCACGUGUUAUGUGGCUGACUGAGAAAGCGGCAGUGGCAGUGUUUCCUCGAUGCUUUACCUUUUAGUUUCUCCUCCAGGGCAGUACUGCUGGGUCUUGAAAGCCAUUUAGAAUUUCUCUGUUAGUGUACAGUGUUUUUUGCACGUCACAAGUAGCCAUUUGGAAGGUGCAGUGAGUCAUAAAAUAGACCUUGUGGAGCUAAAAUGUGGUCUGACAGCAUCUGUCUCUGCCUGGUUCUUUAUUCCUAACUGAAAGCACGUUAUGGUCCUUCGAGAGGAGAAAGACUGUCUGAUAUCAAAGGUAGGUCAUCUCAGAUCAGGGAAAACCAACGUGGUUUCUCCCCUCCCUCCUAAAAUGUGACUUGUUUGGACUCUUAAAGGAGACGUUUAGUACUGACAUGCAUUGAAGCACAUUCGUGACGCGUUCCCAGCUUGUGUUGAAGGGGAAUGGUCUGUGACUGCAUUUUCAUUGCAAAGAGCAUCGCACGGCUUCCCUCAGAGUGGCCGGUUUCCACGUCAAAGGAACGCUUGGGGCUGCUCCCCACCCCAGCACAUCCACGAUAGUUUCCCGGGUUUCGGAUAAACUUGUAAGUGGACUUAGGCUACUGAAGCAGCGCCAGCAAACCUUGUGGGGCUCCUGUCUGGGAAUAUGGUUCGGGGCCCAGAGUGCUGUGCAAGUGUUGUCACGUUGCAGACGGCACUGCUGAGUGCUCGGCGAGGCCCUUGCAAGGGGGCGGCCUGCCAUCGCCCCUUUGCUUUCGUGCCCAGCCCAGGCGUGACGUGCAGAGGUGAGAAGCCUCCUUGUGCAUGUGCUGUGUGUAUGCACCUACAAGUAUUAACCCACAGAAAUGGGUGUGGUAAGCUCUUCAUACUAGACUGCCAUGUCUCGUAUGUGAGCAUGUCGCCCACUUGGGGUACUGCGUAAAGCAGGGAGCCAUCCAGGCUCUUUGGGGUGGGGGGCCCGUGGUUGAGGGGCAAAGAGGAGGCCCUGGAUUUGCUAUUUUUAUUUUUUUUUACUGUGGCAACUGCAAAGGGCUUGAUUGGCUGACGAUGUCUGCUUACCUGGAGGUGUCCACCCAAGCAAAAGGCGCGUGUCUGAUGACACCCUCUCCGCUCCGUCUCUGUGCCUCUUCUACAGUUCUGGUCCAGGACAUCAGGUUGUGUUAGGUCUGUGUGUACUUAGGAACAGUUCCGGCAUACUGAGAGAUUUUAAAUUUGUAAUCAGUCUGUCUCCUCCCCCUUUAUAUCACUUUAUAUGACACAAAGGAAAGUGUCCUGUCCCGAGUUCUUUUGUUUCCCAUCAAUAUAUGUGGACACUAAUACGGCGAUUGAUACCUUAGUGAAGCCAACCAGGCAGCUCAUUUUUGAGUUCUUGGUGAGAAAUUUGGAAAAAAGUAAAGACCAGUUGUUCAAAGUGGACAGGAUUUAACGUUCUAGUUACUUGAACACUAUAAUUUGCCUUCUGACUUGUUCAUUGUGGGUUCAGCAUGUGCCGUAAUGAGGGAGUGCGGCUGCACGAGGCUUCUGUGCUUCGUAUCUGGGUACUGAGGAGAGUUCCUACUUUUUUUUUUUAAAUCCUCAAAUGUGCAGAACUAAAAAGGAAUUCUCCUUUUCAGCUUAUUUUAACUUGUGAAGCCUGUUGGUUUUGUUCUUACCCUUCUUGGGGUGUGGACAGUCUCUGUAGAUGAUGGUGAAGUGUUGAGUGUUUAGAAUAUCCUAGACAUAGCUGCCUGAGUAGAAGUCCUCUAUUAAUCUAGAACACUAGAAGAGAAUUUAGAAAAAUCUCUCAAAAGCUUUCUAAGAGAACAGAACUAGGGUCUGAAUAUUUGCAGUGUGGGACUCCUGCCCUGUCUUACUAUGUGAGUGAAAGAAGUGUGUUUUCUUCAGCGAUUCCCUGUUGCAAAAUAUGGGACAGAAAAUAGCGUUACUGGUAUCAGUCGAUUUAGUAACAUCUGGAUGUCAGCACUCACCUCCUAGUCUUCCACAGCCAUUUAGGUAAAGGGUCCGGUGUAUUGUUUUCUUCGCUUUCUAUUUUAAAGGUUAAAGUUUCCAUAUUUCAGAGUAAGUGUGAGUUUAGGACGAUGUUUUCCAGGCUUCCUCAGAUUGUUACUGUUGUCAGAAUCCCACAUUACCUUGUAGAACAGGGUUCCCACCCAAUGCAUGGUAAGGAUUGAGAGAAAUCUUCAGAACAUAAAAUAUAAAGACAGCAGGCAAAAACACCGUCAAACUGGAAUGGGCCACCAUGGAAAAAGCAGUCACCCAGGUUUUCUUUAAUUCAGAGACAUUUGUUCCAGGGAGGCUGGGUGGUGGUUGGAGGAUCCGGGGGCGGGGGAAGUAGGAGGCUGGAGUCAGCCUCCUGAGGCAGAGGCUUUCCCUUUUGCCACCUUCAGGACUAUUUGUUAACCGUUGUAACCAGAUAGCUGUUGUGUUUUGAAAUAUAAAGGAAGAAGACCGAAAUUGUAAAUACUUUGUAAACAGUCAUUUGUACUUGAAUAGUAGGGUUUUAAAGGGCACUGAUAUCCCACCAAACAAAAGGUAUAAUAAAUUGACCUUUUUAUAUG